AUGAUGCAAGGGAGCUGGAACGUAAAAGCCUCAACGAAAUUGGUGGCACAGCUGGGCCGGCAGCGUCAAUGGCAGCAAGCUGUCCAAGUCCUCGAAGAUGCGUGCCGGGUUCGUGUGGAUGUUGACCACAUCUUGCUUUCAACCGCAGUUACAGCUUGCGGCCUUCCAGCUGCUUGGGAAUCGAUCCUGGCCUUGCUGCAGCAGACAGAGGAUGCCUUGCGAUUGACCACAUCUCUUUGCAAUUCUGGCAUGGACAGCCUGGUGAAGGCUGGCUGUUGGAGGUGGGCCAUGCACUUGUUCCAACAGAUGAAUCACGCUGAUGUCCGGAAAUCGGUCAUCAGCUACAGUUCGGCCAUUAAGGCUGUUGCCGCAGGCCAGCAAUGGUCCGCGGCUUCGGCGCUGCUCCAGGACCUUCGAGACAGCAGCCUCAGGUGUGACACAAUCCUGUGUGGCUCUGUAAUGACCGCCUGUGCUCGCGCUGGCUGCUGGGAGGUGGCAUUGGGACUUCACGAGGACAUGAGCACCCUGUCCGUGCCGACGGAUGCCUUGGUGCUUGAUGCUUUGAUUCGCUCGUGUGAACCAGGUGGCAAGUGGGCAGUGGCCAUGCGCUUGCUCGAAAGCCUCCCUGACCUCGGCAUUCUCCCGGAUCUUCGUCUCUACAACACGGUGCUGGGCGUGUGCUCCGCCGCCGGCCAGUGGCAGCGGGGCGCCGAGCUGCUCGAGCGAGCCUGCGCCGCGGAGCUCGAGCCGGACGCCUUCAGCUUCAGCGUCUGCGUGACGGCCUGCGAGCGCGCCACGCGCUGGGAGGGAGCCUUGGCGAGUCUGCGGGAGAUGCGGCGGGUCCGCGUGGAGCCCAACGAAGUCACCUUCAACGCUGCCAUCCGGGCCUGCGAGGCUUUCCCCGAGAAGGCGAUGGGCCUUCUGGCGGAGAUGGGCGCCGCGAGCGUGUCCAAGAGCAUCAUCACCGUGAACGCCGCCCUGCACGCCCUCAGCGUCGAGGGGGAGGGCGAGCGCUGGGCCCAGGCUCUCUCGCUGCUCGCCGAGGUUGAGAAGAGGGGUUUGCGCUUGGAUUCCAUCACCUUGGCCGCGGCUUUGGGGGCUUUGGAGUGUCGUUGGGAGCUGGCCUUAGCUCUCUUGGCUCAGUGCUUGGAGCGAAGCUGGAUGCCCCACGGCCUGCAUGUCGGCUCCGUGCUGAAGGCCAUGUCCGAAGAGAGUUGCUGGGAGCGGUCCCUGGAUUUGCUACGGGACUUUUACCAGUUCUGGGCCCGGGCGUCCCAGGAGAAAUCCAGGAGCAUGCCAGACCCGGACUACAAGACCAGGCACGAGUUCACCGGAAGCGGCCUCGAGCCGAGGGAGCUCGAAGCUCUCUUGCCCACUUUGCCGCUGCUCUUCGAAGGAGAGGGUGAGGGCUUGGUGGCCGUGGCGAAGCCGGCGGGCAUCUCCUCAGAGAAGGCCUUGGAGGUGAUGGCCGCGUCCUUGUCGAAACCGCUCUUCUCCGUGUCUCGCCUGGAUCUCCCCACCUCUGGGGUUUUGCCUGCAGCGUUGGGCGCCGAGCAGAGCCCGGAAGCCCGCUGGUACCUGGCCCAGUUCGCGGCCCAUUCCUUGGUGGAGAAGACCUACCUCUGCCUCUGCCAGACGAACGCAGUCGGAGCCGAAGGGAGCGUGGAGCUGCCGCUGAAGGUCGUCGCCACGAGCCGGAGCAGCAGCCGGGCCGUGCCAUCGCCGGAAGGCAAGAGGGCCCGGACGGACUUCGCGGUCCUGGCGGUCUUCGCCGACGCUACGUCGCAGCUGUCUUUGCUUGAGGCACGACCUCGCACAGGCCGAUUGCACCAGAUCCGAGCUCACCUCGCUUCUCAGGGCGCCCCUCUGGUAGGGGAUCACCUCUACGGAGCUCAGAGGGUUUCCUGGUGCAGCCGCCUCUUCCUUCAUUGCCAGCGACUGAAACUCUACGGGCCCUCUCGCGAGGUGCACCUGGAGGCGCCCUUGCCACCGGAGCUUCGGGAGGCCCUCCUGGGCCUUCGACUGCUACAGGGCCGCUUUCCGAGCUGA